GAAAAGGAUUUCCUUUAUAUGAAAAUAUGAUGUUUCUUUCGGAACAUAUUCAGUCAAGAAAAACCUAUACAAACUUGCAGUCCGCUAAUAAACGACAACCGGUGAUCAAUGCACAUGCAGCGUUGUCUUGCAAUUCAUCAAGUGCUCGAACAAUCCAAAAUCCUCGAUCUUCAAUAUCAUUAUCAUCUUCACUGUCACCAUCAAACUCUGAAAGCAGGCCAUUCUCUCCGGUAUCAUUAGCAAGCUCCCGAAAUACCCCAUCAUCUCAAACAUGUACUCGUCAACAAUCAUCAAUUCCUCAAAAUAUUUCACUGUCAAGAAACUCUGACUUGCAGUCUGCUAAUCAACAACAACCGGCGAUCAAUGCACACGCAGCGUUGUCUUGCAUUUCGUCAA